GUAGUGCUUGUCAAGCCGUCACUGAAUAAACAACGUGUCUGCGUGUGUGAUUUUCUCAAUGCACACAGAGCAUUUCCCGCAAUAUUUUAUCACUGGGAUAAAUCGGAGUUUUCGUGAGGCUGUCGUUAGGACGGAGGGAUCAAUUGAGGUGCUAAUUGAGGUGUGAUGUGCAUAAGGGGAUAAAAGUGGUUGGAUUGUGGUGUGUUAAACAGGCAUCACAGAGAGACAGAGUUUUGUGUGGUCCCAAUUUUUCGUGUGAACGCGAAGAAAUUUUUUACUUCUUCUUCUGAAAUUCCUCCAUUCACCACGAGAGAGACAACAAAUUGAGGAUUUUUCCUCCAUCUGUCGUGAAUGCAUAAUUACGCAUAUUUGUCAAUUAUUUGUAUUCUGCUCAGCUUGGCACCGAAAUAACAUUUUUAAAUGCAUUUUUAAAUAAGGGGGAGAGCGAGAAAAGUGUUGGAGCUCUGCUGCCAAUAACAAAAACACCCAAUCCAAAGUGAACAAAGUGAAGUCCAUCAAUUGCCAAUAAAUAUAAUAAUAAUGUUGAGGCUCGCGAUCGAGUGAGAUAGCCAGAGUGUGUGUUUUGUGCCCACCUUGACGUUCCAGCGGCUCUCAAUCGCGUGUCAAAGACCUUAUCACUGUUGCUCCAGAUAAGGUUCAUCUGAGCUCGAAAACAGUAACUUGGCGCGCGAUGUCUUGUGGUUCAGGAAAGUGAUGCACAUCCAAGGCAAGAAAUGAGUUUUGAAGCUCUUUUACCCAGUGCCACGAUUAUUUGCCUUACUCCGGUGCCUCGCAAUAGCGCUUUUCUUCUCAAUUAAAAAUAAUAGAAAAAAAACUCCGCGAGAGUGUUUGUAAUUAAUAUAAUAAGACACAUAAGAAAAGAAACAAAACCCACCUUCUGCAUCAUCGGCCGGGCAAAUGCAUGCGUACGAGUGAAUGGGUUAUUUUUUCCACCAAUAUAUUUCACACGAAUGUGUAUGUGUUAAUUUACAGUUCAAUUUUCAAUGAUAACCAAUUAUAUUGAGUGAAACUUCCAGUGUCUAUUGAGCUUUAAGUUGAAAACUUGUGUGUGCAUUUUAAGUGAAAUCACGAGCCAGAUUCUCUCUCAAUCCCGCGCGAUCAUCGAUCAGGAGAGGAUAAUCUUUGAGGAGGGAGCGAGAGUGAGAAAAAGCGCGUUUACAGACUGAUGCAUUUCUGUGUGUGGACAUUCAGCUGGCAAACAGAUGCAUCAUCAUGGACUUUUCAUGUGAUUUGUGACACAGAAAAUUAGGCGGACAGCGAUCGCCCGCGAUAUCGGCGACUCGAUCAGCAAAUAACACGACAAAAGAGAUCUGCUGGCUGAAGUGGAAUCCUCAGACAGUUGUUGGUGAAGAUGCUAAACUGCACGGAUCUGGCAUGUGUCCUCCACCAUCAUCACUUUUACGCUCAUUUGCAUCACUUACGACAUCAUCUGCAAGAUGACAAUGACAAUACGGGGUAUGGAGAUGGGGGUGACAUAGACAACAAUGACAUCCAAGGAUUGCUCAAUGACACUGAUUCUGAACUAUCGUCAUUAUCGCACCUUGAUGCUCCAGACGAUGUUAUUAACGUUGUUUAUGGAGUUGUUAUUGCCAUGCUCCUAGUUGGUGUUAUAAUCGUCCUAGUCGCAGUUACAAUCAGACACAAUAAGUUUGUGAUUGAGAACGGACAUUCAGCCUGUGAUAGCGAAGCCAAUAAGAGAAGAAAUAUGGUCGGAAGCAACGGAACACUAAUGACAAUGCGGCUCGUUCGCAGUAAACUACGGAAACGCGAAGAGAGCUCCAGCUCAGUCACGGUGGAGGCUCCAACUCAGAUCGUUCCGGCUGUGCCUGAAGCUCCAGUCACCUACAGGCAGAAUCCAUCCAGCGUCUGGGUCUUUCCGCCAUUGCCGCCCCAGCCGAACCUCUACUGUGCUAAUAGUCAAGAUGCACUCGUGCAGGCAAAUGAACGGAACGGCCUGAAGGGCUUCAAGAGGCAACUCAGCGGACGCUUCAAGCGACUCAUCUCGAGGAAACCCCACGAAGCGACUCCGGUGAUACCGCCCGAACUGAAGCCGCAGCUCAAGACGAUCUAUGUGUACUGAAUAGUCACUCAAGUCCAUGUGGGAUCACCGAGGAUCCGGCAGUAGUUUCUUGUUUUCUUUAUUUUUAAGUCAAAGAAUCCAUCUUUUACUUAAUUUGCUGUAGAGAAGUAAGUCAAGGAGUAGAUUUUUGCGCUCUUGCAGAGUUCUUUUAUUUUCCUCAAAAUGACGUUUAGAGAAGCAAAGAAAGUAAAAACAGAAAAAUAUCACAGAAUAUUGAUGACCAAUAGAGUUAAAAGAAAAAAGCAAGAAGAAAAAUUGGAGGAAAUAAUAAUUUGUUUAUAGAGGAAGGAGAGAAGAAAAAUAUGAUAACGAACCAAAUUUCUUUGGGUAUUCGUGUUAAGGACCAUAAAGAUUCUUUUUAAAUGAGUUCUGUAGUUCACACACAAAGACUGAAUUCAAUUGAAGCAUCAAAUAUCUUUUCUCUUGGGGCGAUUCUUCGCGUGUUUUUAUUUGAGGGAAAAAUAGCGCAAUUUUCCCGGUGUUUUUCUUGUCUCGCACAGACAGAGAUGAAAAACAGAGACAAGUUGAGCAAUUUUCCCUAGAAUUUCCCUCCCAUUGUUUCUUUUUCCACAUUAAGCAUUCUUCUUUUUGAGCUAAGCUAGAAAAAGCAUCUCAGCUGGUAAAAUUGCAGAGUUUGAGAAACCGAUGAUGGAUUAAAAAUAGAACUUUUCAUUUGCAUUUCUGAGAGAAAAAAAUAAACACACUUUAUAUACAUAGUAAAUAGCGAGCUUGUGGAAAAAGUGCACGAGAAGAUAGAGAAAACCACUAAAUAAACAAUGCACAAUUUAGUAGUUUAACAACAACAACAAACAAAAAAAAAGAAGGGAAGAUGUUUCCAUUGAAGAUGAGAAAAAUGAGAAAAAUUGAUCAGAGGGUGGCUAUUUUUUGUGGAUUCACCCUCUAAAGUGAUGAUAAAUGCAUAAUAAAAGAAUACAAUUUUAAUGUUAAUUGAAUAGAGUCGUAAUUGAGCAGAAGAAUUUUCCAGCAGCAAUUUAAAAAGUCAGAUUCAAUUAAGUAGAGGAAAUUUUGCUGAGAAAAUACCGCAUAUUGAAAUGAUUUUGCAUAAUAAUUUUAAAAAAUAACUAACGAUUCACUCACAUUGAGUGGAAAUUUUAUCAUAUCCACAAUAUUAUAUAAAGAAAAAAAAUUCCCUUUCUCUCCUGCCUGAAAAAUAUGACCAGAUCAAGAAAACUGGCUAAUCUUGUAUUUUUUUCAUGGAACUGGCAAAAACACAGCAGGAAAGAAGGGAAGAAUCAUAAGUUUUCCGAACUAAUGUGUAUUAUUGAGAAAUUAUUCUGAGAAAGAGCUGUUUAAAUAAAUUAUAUGUACUAUUUACAUUAAUUUAACAAUACAAGAAAAAAAAACUUGAGAAAGGAUUUAAAAAAACACGAAUAAAAAGCAAUAUUCAUGAGAAA